AUGAAUGCCUUUCGUUCCAUCGCCCAUUAUAUAUGGUGUGUUUGGGUAAUGUUCAAAUUACUAUGCAAGAUAGUGCUGUGGAUGAUGCUUCCAUUCUAUGGCCUCACGGCAUUAUCCGGACUCAUCCAAGGCGCUAUGUUCGUCCACUGGUACACAGGAACCCUAAAUGAGAUUGCUCGUCUCCUUAUCACAAACCUCAUUGAUAUCAAGACGCUCAAGUUUGUCAGCGACGCAUCAGGAUAUAGCUUUCUUGAUGGGUUAAGUCCUGUGUAUGAGAUACCGCAGAUUCAGAGCCCACUCGACUGGACUUCUCAACUCGGAUUGACAAGACCCAGCGAUUGGAGUAGUCAGAAUGUUGAAAAUAUGGCAAAUCUAGACAGCCUGUAUCGAAUAACGCCUCCCUAUGAUGAGGAGCCAUGGCAGCAUUGGGUUUAUCUAUCAGCGCAAAUGGAGCCAUGGAGACAGCCUGAUGGCCCUAUGCUUCACGAUCCUUGGGACCAAACAUUUGUCAAGCUUCUCGCGUAUCGAGACACGCAUGAGGCGCUGGGACGGUCGAAUUUCCAUUACGUAUCCUGUCAUAAGAGCUUUCUGUGCGCGUCAUGGCGCGUCACAGCACCAGCGCUAUUGCACUUUUCCAUCAGCAACACGACGGAAUCCCAGUACUACGAGGAGUUGCCAGAUCAUGAACUAGUAUCCGUCCGAGUAUUCGAGCUACCCCUGCGAGAAAUGCCCAUCCCUGGCGUAUUCCCCAGCUACUUUGAGCAGAUGCGUGCUCUGACAGCAAGCAACUUGACCUUUUGGACGACAAAAGAUACAUACUCUCAUUUCUUCCAAAUGUCCAAUCAAGGGCUGCGAAUCGCAGCGCAACUUGAGAAGGAAUACCCCUGGACUUACGGCUUACUAGUGAAAGCGGAGAUCAAAUGGACAAGCCUAUGGCCCAUUGACGAUACAUGGUUGAGACUCACGGCUUAUUUCAUUCCUUUUCUAUGCUCGGCUGUCCCAACGUACAUAUUCAAGCACGCCCAGGCACUCUUUACGGAUCUGAAGUUCCCUGAGACCUCUGAGACAGUUCCUGAAGGGAAGGAUCCCUCGGCUCAUAGUCUGCAAAGGCUUCUUGAUGGAUUGAGCGACGAAGACAAAGCGAAGUGUAGGAAGUCAUCGCGAGGUAAAAGGAUGUUGAGAAAUAUUGAAGCAGAGCUUGUGAAAGAUGAUUGGGAUACUCCUGAGGAGAUUAUUAAAGAUCUCAAUAGUGCGUUGGGUCUAGAUAAGGAUGGGAAGGUCAAGAGUCGGCGAUGA